ACAAUUUAGUUUCGCUCGAGAUCUCUUGGCGUACGCUUCAAGAUCCACCUGGAAAUCGUGUUGCUUAGUGGAUUUGUAGCCAACAGGUGGUACGCGCUGUCUUUUUUACCUUUCAAGGCUUAGAUUCCUUGACUCAGUGAUGUUAUUAGUGUAUAAAUUCGUAUUUAAAAGUUUUCACUACCUUAACUGAGUGAUUGAUCAUUUAUUCUUUAAAUCAAUUAUAUGUUAACCCAUCUUUAUAAAACGAAAAUAUUCAGAACUCAUACAUUCUGUUGAAUCUUUGAUGCUUAUAAUGGAUAUACAGACAUCGUCACAUCAUAUCCACGGGCUCGGGACACAUGAGCUCCAACAUCGUAUUUUACAGCCACACAUUCUACAUUCAACUCAAGAAGAAACCCUUAAUACAAGUACAGGCCAGCUGGAGCACGAUUCCCAGCAUCUGCAACAACAUCACCUCACUCAUCAUCAGCAACAGAACGUUUCGCCGACUUUGCAUAAUUUACAAAACAACCGCACUGGUGAUAACCUGAGCACUACUAUUAAUACUAAUCAAAAUCAGCAUGGUCAUCAACAUCUUUCCGGAAGUAACAUGUAUACCUCGCCCCAAUUGGAAGAUAAGUCAAAAGCGAACAAGUUUGAUGAGUAUUCAAACAGGACACUGAGCACCAUUUCGGAUGCCAAUACGACGACAUCUGCAAACAAUUUCAUAACACAAUCCCAAGGAAUAGAGUGGAUAACAGCCAUGAAUGAUAUUCAAAACGGGGCAGAAGACUCACACAGUUCGCAGGGCAGUAUUUCGGGAGAUGGUCAUGGAGGCGUUAAUCAACUUGGUGGCGUAUUCGUUAAUGGUCGCCCACUUCCCGAUGUCGUUCGUCAGCGUAUUGUGGAGCUGGCCCACAAUGGGGUCCGCCCAUGUGACAUAUCACGUCAAUUACGGGUUAGUCACGGUUGUGUGUCUAAAAUACUUUCAAGAUAUUAUGAGACUGGUAGUUUUAAAGCUGGUGUUAUUGGCGGGUCCAAGCCAAAAGUGGCCACUCCUCCGGUUGUAGAUGCAAUAGCAAACUAUAAACGCGAAAAUCCCACAAUGUUUGCUUGGGAGAUACGAGAUCGACUUUUGGCAGAAGCUAUAUGCUCCCAAGAUAAUGUUCCCAGCGUUUCUUCGAUAAAUCGAAUUGUAAGGAAUAAAGCCGCCGAGAAAGCCAAACACGUACAUCAUCACCAGCAGCAUCAUGUUUCUCAGAGUCUGGGUGGGGGACAUAUUGGCACGGAAAGUCUUGACAGCAGCACAGGAACAAUCGGGGAACCGCAGCCACCAACUAGUAAUAGCAGUGCUAAUUCUGUUAACACAAACGUAUCGGCGUCGGCGAGUGUACACGCAUCUAUUCCAACGUCUGGCACUGAUUCUGUCCAAGUUUCAGUCGGUCAUAUCAACGCCAAUAGCAAUGAAACCACCCAUAUAAACUUAACGACUGAACAAAGAACGACUGGAUAUAGCAUAAAUGGAAUAUUGGGAAUACAACAUGGACACCAUUCUCACAACAACAAUAACAACAGUAGCGUAAACAAUAACAAUAAUACGGAAUCAAGUUGUAAACGCAAAAGAAUUGAAGCACAUGAUGAGAACCAUGACACAAAUAUACAUUCCGAUAAUGAUGAUGGAAAACGGCAACGUAUGUCAACGUACAGUGGCGAUCAACUUUAUACCAAUAUUUGGUCAGGAAAAUGGUGUAUAAAAGAUGACCAUAAGCUACUUGCCGAGCUAGGCAAUUUGACAGCAGGCACCGGAAAUUGUCCCGCAACCUACUAUGAAGCAUCUAACGGAUUUUCAACCACCCCGAUAUCAGGAUCUGGUCCCACAGCUUCUGGCAGCGAUACGUCUAUGCUCUACGACAGUAUUACAACGAUUUCGCAAACUCAAAGUUCCAUUUAUACACCAGCAAUCGGACCUUCAAUUGGAGCAGGUUCGCUUACCCCUUUAGUUCCUAUUAGUAUGCAUGAAAUGAAGCUUAGCGCAAAUUCAAUACAGGAACAAACAGUCCCUCCCUUUUAUACAGCUCUAGCAUUUGACGGAAACUACACAUCAAUGACCACUUUGGAACCUUGUUCAUCCUUAGUCGGGCAAGAACACAUUUUAAUGCCCGAAAACUCGGAUUCGACUACCCUUUGCCCGAUUAGUACUAGGACAGUGCCAGACAUUACGGAAACUAAUAGUACUCGUAUUAAAGAGACCCUGACGAAUAGUGAUGGAGGCAGCGAAGAUAAUAAUAAGGAACCUGAAAAGUCUAACUCUAAUUCGCAAUCCAGUGAUCAUAUUGUCUUGCCACAUCUGCAUCAUAUAGGAGAAGAGCAAUUAAGAGGAAAUAGACGAUCACACUUAAACACAAGCACGCAUCCAUCUUCUCUAAUACUUCUGCAGCCGAGCGGAGGAAAUAUCAACCCGUCUGAAAAUCGAUUAGAUGUUGAGCCCAAUCUAAGUAAUAACGUAGGCCUUUAUUCAACACCUACAGUGCUACCAAGUUUUAAUCACUACUCCGCAGGCUGCAGCUCGGUUGUACCCGGUUCAGAUUACGCCUACAAUCCUGCAUAUACACAGUAUGGCGGAGCUUACGGAUCCUAUGGUUACGGCACUGGAAGUGGCUUGAUAAAUUCAUCCUACUACUACGAAAGCGGACAAACACAAUCACCAUUAACACAAGAUCUGCGUUCACCUUUAGUAGCAACACGCGCAAACUCUCUAGCAUCAGCUGCAUCACCCGGAAGCGGCAGUGCGUGCACAAAAUCCGAAUCAUCGGACAUUUUUCUUGCUUAAUUAAGCUUCAUAUAAAUAGUGAGUAUAAGAGCUUACACAAAUACUACAUAAAGUUUUAUUAACAUUUACAUAAAUGAUUAAUUUUAAGAUAUUUAAUUUUUGUUAAAGUGUUUCUCAGUGUUUCUGUUUGCUGUAAAUACUCACACCAGUACGGUUUAUAAUGAAUCAAAUUAUACCAAAUCUUAAAAUAAAGUACACUUUGAUUAAAAUUCCAGAUUAAAUGAGAGGAUUUUAUAAUUUUUCAAGAAAAAUGCAUUUAUAAGAAUUUUAAUUACACCCUUUUGUAUGCUAUAUAACCUGCUUUUCUCUCUUUAUCCAAUAAAAACGGGACUAGAGAAUAUUUAAGCAUAUAAAAAGAACAAACAUUACUACAUGUGAAAAACAAAAUCUUUGCAAAAAGAUUCGCAUUUAUUAAUAAAUUUAGGUUACAAUAUAAGAAGGUAUAUUUAUAAGAGUAAGGAAUAUGAAAUAUUACAAAAAUAGUAAGCCACUCAACUACAUACCAAUGAAACCAAAAUGUCCAUUAAGGCAAAAUCAACCAAAAAUGUUAGAACAAAAGUUUAAAAAACUUUUUUAUAUUUUUA